UAUAAGAACCCAUCACGAAAUACAAAAUGUGUUUAGUCAAAACUCAGUUCAUAUAAUAGUUGACAGUUGUUCAAUAUUUUCAAAACUAUCAACUUAUACUGUUUUAAAUUAUUUCCAUUUUUUGUAUAUUUGUUAUUUUCAACUCUCUUUUUAUCUAUAAAGACAACAAUUGAUUUUUGCACCAUUUUCAUAAAGGUUUUGAUAACUUCAUCAAAAUUGUACAAUGGAUUCGUUAAUACAAACUAUAAACAAGUUACAAGACGUGUUCGCUGUGAUUGGUGAGCAUAAAAUCGAUUUACCCCAAAUUGUUGUCGUCGGAUCCCAAAGUUCCGGAAAGAGUUCAGUCCUCGAGAGUUUGGUCGGUAGAUCUUUCUUACCUCGAGGUACCGGCAUCGUAACUCGUGCACCAUUAAUCCUUCAAAUGAUUAGGUACUCAAGAGAAGACCGAGAUGCAAUGUUGAAAAUAACAAAAAAUGAUAAUAUUAAAGGCUGGGCAAGUUUUCUUCAUAAACCUGGUACCAUUUAUCACAAUUUUGAUGAAGUUAGAUACGAAAUAGAAAAUCGGACCGAUUCUCUGGCUGGUGCCAACAAAGGUAUCACACAUGAGCCCAUUGUCUUAAAAGUUUUUACUCUUUUAUAUGAUCUAACUUUUGUUGACUUGCCUGGGAUUACAAAAGUACCUGUUGGCGAUCAACCUGAAGAUAUUGAUGAGCAAAUCCAAGAACUUAUUUUAAAAUAUGUGCAACAGCCAAAUUCUAUAAUUUUAGCUGUUGUCACUGCAAAUACGGACCCAUCUACAUCAGAAAGUUUAAAAAUAGCUAGAAAAAUGGAUCCGGAAGGGGAAAGGACAAUUGCUGUUGUCACCAAGUUAGAUCUUAUUGAUAAAGGCACAAUACAAGAUACAACAGAUCUACUUUGUGGUCAUAAAAUUCCGGUAAAACUUGGUAUUAUUGGAGUUGUUAAUAGAAGUCAGAAGGAUAUAAAUGACAAUAAAUCAAUGAAAGAAACAUUAAAAAGUGAAAAAGAUUUUUUGAGAUCAAAUUAUCCUGAUAUCUAUAAAAAGCAUGGUAACAAAGUUUUGGCUAAAACUUUACAAGAUAUUCUAAUUAAACAUAUCAAAAAAACCUAUCCAAUAUUGCAUAAAAACCUGCAAGACACUAAGACAAGACUUGAAAACGAGUUAAAAACAUUGCAAACACCCGACAGUAAGGUGUCUUUUAUAUUAGGUUUAUUAAAAGACACAUGCAAAUCAUAUUGUGAUACAAUAAUCGGAAAUAGAAGAGAUGUUUCGGACAAAAAAGUUAUGGGUGGUGCGAGAAUCGCACAAAUUAUAAAUGCAGAAUAUUUGGAAAAAAUUAACAAUAUUGAUCCAUUAUACGAUUUAACUGACGAACAAAUUGGAAUAAUUUUAUUAAAUACUGCUGGAAUAACUAGUAGUUCUUUUGUGAAUGAAAAAGCAUUAGAAAACAUGAUCUGCAGACAAUUAAAUAAUCUCAUAGGUCCAUCAAUGUCUAGUGUGGACUUUGUACGUGUAGAAAUGUUGAAGAUUUUUGAUUGCAUAGACGAAAAUAUUUUGGAAACAUUAAAAAGAUUUCCCCGGAUAAAUUCUGAUGUAAGAAAUGUCCUUCACAAAAUGUUGGAUGACAAAUUAACAAACAUAAAAGAAUUUAUAAAGUCUUACAUUGAGACAUACCAAACUUGUUUAAACACAACCAAUCCAAAUUUUUUAUUUCAAUUGGUGAAAUCAUCUACCGAAAUGCAAGAGUCAUUUAUUACAUCAUAUAUGAGCAAUCCCAAAGGCGAUUCGAUAAAAAACAAAGUGGGUUCAGAGGAAGAUAAAGAGGACGAGGAAAACUUAAAAAUACAACAAUUUAAACAAAUGUUAUCUGGUUUAAAUGAUUUAGAUAACACUGUUGAAACAUCGAAGCAAGUGAAAAUCCACCGUAUCUUAACGCAGUGCUAUUUUGAUUUCAUAAGGGAGAUCAUACGAGACUUUGUACCCAAGCGUAUUCAUCACAAAAUGGUGAAAUUAAUUUUGGACGAUUUUGAACAUCAUUUGGAUGAAUUCGUUUUUACUCCAUAUGUUUUAAACCGUUCAUUUGAUGAAGUACUUGUAGAAGAAGAUGGUGUAAUAGAAGAUAGAAACAGGGUUGAAAAAAUGUUGGAUGCUGUUAAUAAAGCUUUAAAAAAUAUGGUUGAUAUUCAGUGUUAUUGAUGAGUUUAAAUUUUUAUUUAAGUAAUUUUAAAUUGUAUUAUUAUUAUUUUACUAAAGGAACAAAAGAAAAUAUUUUGUAAUUAAGAAUUAUUUUUUAAAGUAAUUUAAGAUUUAUUUUUAAAAAAUUUUAUAUUAAUCAAUUCAUACUUUUUACUUUGGAAUUUUAUAUAAGUAUUUUUUUGAUUUGUUAUGUUAAAAAAAAUAAGGGUUCUUUUGUAAUUAAUAACUGUUUGUAGUAUUUAAACCACAAACUAUUAUAUUAUGUAGUAGUUUGUGAUUUAAACACUCUUUACUCUUUAGGAUCCACUACUUAAUAUUAACUUAUAUACUUUGUCCAGUGAGAGAACACAUCAAUUCUGUGCAUCCCCAUGCGACACCCAGCCAUCAGGACGGGUUCCACUAUGACUGGGUGUAUUGUGGGACAUGCACAGAACUACCGAUUUUCGUUGGGACGCUGCGUGUUCUCUAGCUGGACAAAGUGUAAGUACAUAUUCAACAGCUUUAUUUAGAUUCUUAAAUCAUUUGAUACUAUAUCAAUUGACAAUUAUCAACUACAAAAUUAUUAUAAUUAUUUUUACUACAAUAACCUACUAUAUGUAUAAUAUAGCUAUUAAAUUAACCAAUAUUAAGAAUUCUUAAUUUUCAAAUGUGAUAAUAUAAUUAAUUAUCAAUUUUUGUAUUUAUUAUUAUAUUAUUAUUUAUUUA